AAAGAACGCUUAUGAAUUCCCUCUUUUUUGGACUGGAGGAUAAUUCUAGGCUGGAUCUUCAGCUUUAUUUUCUAUCAUUACUUCGAUAUAAUUGGAGCUGAAAUAUCGCUUUUUUAAUUUUUUCUUAGGUGUUGAUAUCAGCAAAGAUUCUUGCUAUUUAUAAUAUUUAUGUUUCAUGUAAACAUAACGGUUUUAUUGUCUGGCUGGUCUGAUUUCAUUUUAUUUUACUCAUGCUUCGUAGCACAAAAAACAUGUAUAAUUUUGAUCGAAUACAUUGUCAUCUAUGAAAUUUUCAGAGUAUAAGCUAGAAGAUGAGAAAUGUGACUCAACCCUCACUGAUUUGCCAGCGACAGACCGGUUUCAGGGCUUCUGUCAGUUAUGACUUCGCUAUUAAGCGUUUGAAGUGCUAUGAAACAGGAGACUCUAGAGGCUCUUCUGCUGUUGUACCACCUACAUUUGCCUGCAGAUUUUGUGGUGUAACUAACUAUGAGUAUCUUCUGGCAUUGGCAGAUGAAGAUGGAAAGAUUGCUAUCCAGAACACAAGACUCAAAACCAAGAGUAAUCUGAUGGAAGGAUCACAAGCCCACAAUAACGCAAUAUUUGACGUUGCUUGGAUGGAUGGGGAAUUCAAAUUGGUUAGUGUAUCUGGCGACCACACUGCAGUUCUCUGGGAUGUUUCCAACUCUCAGAUGAAGGAAAUUGGGAAAUUUGAGUCUCACACCCGCAGUGUUAAGACAGUAACUUUCAAGCCAAAGGACAAAGCAAUUUUUGCUACUGGAGGAAGAGAUGGAAUGAUCAUGAUAUGGGAUGCACGCACAGCCAGUGGAUCUCGCCAGUGUAAACCUGAUAAUUACAUAUCAAAUAGCCAUCAUCUACCAGGUCUUGCAGCAGGUACUGCUUCAAAAUGUCGGAGGACUAAGUGUCUCCAGCCAUCACGUGCAAAUAGUGUCACAGGACUUGUAUUUCAAGACGAAAAUACGUUAAUAUCAUGUGGAGCUGGAGAUGGACAAAUAAAAGUUUGGGAUUUACGAAAGAAUUAUUCAGCAUAUAAGAGGGAUCCUUUACCAAAACUACAUUUACCGUAUGCUGGAGGAACAUCAAAAAAUGGAUUUACGGAUCUGCUGCUUGAUCCUGGCAAUGUGAGACUAUAUGCGAGUUGCAUGGAUAACACAGUUUACUGCUACAAUGUUUCUACUUAUGAGAAACAACCAGUUUCAACAUACUCUGGGCAUGAAACAGGUUCGUUUUAUGUUAGAACUUGCUUAAGUCCAGAUGGCCAAUAUCUUGUAAGUGGCUCUAGUGAUGAAAAGGCUUAUAUUUGGAAUACCAGCCAGCCUGGUAGACCAGUGACAACACUGGCUGGACACUACUUAGAAGUUACAUGCGUUGCAUGGUGUCCUGUUGGUGAUAUGCAGAUUGUAACGUGCUCAGAUGAUGCGCAUGUCCGUUAUUGGGAAGUUGGUAAUGAAUACGAAGAGUACAAUGAAGUGGAGAUUCGAGGGUGGGCAGAAGACAUUGUUUCUCCAGGCCUGGUUCCAAGGCAAAAGCUUAGAGGUGUUGCAGAAAAAAUUGUGGGACCCACAUUUCAACAGGCACAAAACAUUGUGGCCACUUUGGAAACAACACCUAGAUCCCACAAAAAAUACAUCUUCAAUCAUCAGAGAACACCAGUUGUAUCAGAUAUGCAAACACCAGAGUUGGAGGAAUGCAAGAGUUGUAACAGUGGCAAACUGGUAACACCCUGUUCAAAAUGUUUAUCUGCAAAGGAUAGAACUACAUCUGUUAGAGAGAGACAUUCAUUGAAAAGGCGCUUGGAAGAUAUGAUGGAAGAUGAGGACUCACAGGGCUCUACAAAUAAGAAGCGAUCAGUUUUAUCUCCAAUUAAAGAAAACAAUGGGGAAAUGUUGGAGAGAACACCUAGUGAUUCUAGAGGUGCAAGGAGACUUUUCAGUCCUGGAGAGAAAAGUAUUGAUAUGAAAGAAGACAACAACCCCAGCUUUUGUAAUUCACGAUCUUUGUUCUCCUCUCCAACAGACAAACUCCCCAAUUAUGUUGUGGAUGGGACAUCUCCACACCACUUUUGCAACCGGAGUCCACUACAAAAGGAAAAUAUUGACUGGUUAACUAAAUUGCAGAAAGAAAAACCGUGUGUUCUAAAGGCAGCUGUUGUGUCAUCACAUUAUACACCCAAGAGACGUAAACGUUCUGGGUCAGGGGCUGAUGGCAGCAUACUCAAAUUUUUCCGUGUAUCAGGAAAAGCAAAUAGUGAACAGUCACUUUUCUCUAAUAUCUCCGUGCACUCAGAUGAGUAUGAAAAGUAAAGUCUGUGUGUGUGUGUGUGUGUGUGUGUGUGUGUGUGUGUGCGUGUGUGCGUGUGCGUGCGCGCGCGCUCCGAGGAUGAGGAUGAACUGAAUUUAAUGCAAGAGAGAAUGGAAGUAAUUUAUAUGUACGUGUAAGUUGACUAAAGGAAUAUCUCCUGCCAGUUUGACUUAGUAAAAUGUGAUCAAUUUUAUGUAUUUAUAAAAAUAAUUUUAGUUUUGUUAGAUUAUGUUGAGUGGUAAUGCAUGGACCUAUAGAUACACAUAAUAGAUUUGAUUUGGUAAACAGAUUCUGAAGGUGAUCUGUGCACUAGAUCAAUACUUAUUAUAAAAAUAGAAGACAGACAGACAGACAGAUUCAUUUCACUAACAAUAGUUAGUGGUUACCAACGAGUUCAUCACAUCUUUGAUUAUGAAAACUUGGAACUAGAUUUCAGGUUUUCAUACUUUUUAAUAAUUACCUUUUAGUCGCCUGCAGACACUCCAUAUAGCAAGAAACCAGUUUUUGUUUAAGUUGAAUGUUCUGUCAUUUCAUGUCUACAUUCUCACAGCUGUAUGAACAUUACCGUAUGUGUACAUGUUGUGAUAUGAAAUCUAUCAUUUGGAUUUUCAAGGAAAUAGAAGAGCUGACAAUAUGUAUAUAUGUGUAUAUAUACUGAGAUUUUGUCGACAGCAAUGCAACAACUGAAAUAAAUGCAACCUGUAACACUUAAUAUUUUCACAUGUUUCAUCAUCAUUUACCACCAGUCUUAUGUCAUGCCUUCCAGUUAUACAGCAAAGCAGCAUUUCUCAGUGUUUUUUGUAGAAUGUCCAAUCCAUACACGGAGUAUUUUUGUGGACUUAGCACGUAACUCUAAGGAGUUUAGGUAGUGUGUGAUAUACAGGGUGAACCCAAACUCUGCUAACAAAAUUUUGGAGGUUAUUUAUGGAUGUGACUUGUGGGCUUUGGUGGCUCAUUACAGAGUAAUAAUGCAAUUAUGCUUUAUUUGGUUAUUAUCCCAAUUAUCUUUGUUUCUGUGAAAAGACUUCCAUAUCAGUGAAAAAGUAUAAAAUAUGUUGUCAACAAAAUGUAUAACGCAGAACUAUUGAAAAAGUACUGUUUACAGAAACUGUGCCACUCUUCCAUUGAAGUCAUUGAACCGAUACGUGUGUGUGUGUGUGUGACAGGGACAGAACGAUUUGAAUAAAUGCGAGCUUGAGGUCGAAGAGAAAUGGUAAUUGCUGUUGUGAACAGGAAGUACUGUACCAUGAUUGAAUGGAACAAGUUUGUUUCUGACCAAGAGGAACAA